UUUACAGAGUCCAUUCAAUCGUUCUGUUUUCAAAUAAUCCUCAAUGUCAUCGACCAUGGCGGCUCUAGGGUUUCUGAAGCUCUCUUUCCUCUUCAGCCUUCUCACACCUAACUACUACUCAAACUCAAACCUAAACGUGGGCACUGCAGUAAAAACACCGCCGAGUUGCAGCCGAAUCGAAUGCCCUGUUUACGAUGUCAUCGACGCCGGAAAAGAUUACGAGAUCCGUCUAUACAAUUCCUCUAUGUGGAUGUCCACUUCUUCUAUUCAGGACAUUUCCUUAGUCGGAGCCACCAAAACCGGCUUCUUACGGUUAUUUGAUUACAUACAAGGGAAGAACGAUUUCAAUGAGAAAGUAGAAAUGACGGCGCCGGUUAUGACACAAGUUUCCCCAAGCGACGGCCCUUUCUGCGAAUCAUCAUUUGUUGUCAGUUUCUAUGUCCCAAAGAAGAAUCAGCAAAACCCUCCACCUGCAAACGGUCUCCAUGUUCAGAAAUGGAAGAAUACCUACGUUGCCGUUAGACAGUUCGGUGGAUUCGUUAAGGAUUCCGAUGUCGGCGUCGAGGCGGCGGCCUUGGCGGAAAGCAUAGCCGACACCGAAUGGGCGGCGGCGAUUGGAAAGUCACAUGCUGCGGAACCGACCAAGGUGUUUACGGUGGCGCAAUACAAUUCACCGUUUGAGUUCUCUGGGAGGGUGAAUGAGAUAUGGCUCACCUUUGAAAUUUGAUCGAUUAUUAUAUUAAUAAUAAUCUUGUAAUGGAAAUUUGGAAUAGUCCAAUAUAGUUUGUUUUUUCUUUGAUCUUUAAUAAUGAACCAUCAAUCACUAAUAAUAAAGUAAGAAGUUAUUUUU